UGGUGGCGGUGGCCCGACCUGGUGAGCGAGCGGGUCUUCGGGUCCCAUCUCCCCCAGCCCCGACCCGGGGACUGAAAGCCGGCGACUCCAGGGAGCCGAGACCUUCGAGGGCCCGGGCGGCGUCGGGUUGAGGCGCCAUCCGCCGAGUGCGGACCGAGGAGAGCGGGCGCCCCGCCCCUCGCUUUCUUCCUGGACCGCGCCUCACUGCGCCUCCCACACCGCCGACCCCGCGUCCCGCGCGGGCCUGAGCUCCGGGCUCCCGCGGGUGCGGGAGGCGGGCUGCGUGCGCCGCUCGGCCUGCGGGCCUGGAGGCUCCGGGGGGCUCCCUGAGUCCGGGGCCGGGCCCCUGCUCGCCCGCGUCCCCACGCAGACGCCAUGGCUGAGCCCCUGAAGGAGGACGACGGCGAGGACGGCUCCGGAGAGCCCCCCGGGCCGGGGAAGGCGGAACCCACCGGCCCCGCCGUCUCCGUGGCGGCCAAGAACCUGGCCCUGCUGAAGGCGCGCUCCUUCGACGUGACCUUCGACGUGGGGGACGAGUACGAGAUCAUCGAGACCAUCGGCAACGGGGCCUACGGGGUGGUGUCCUCCGCGCGCCGCCGCCUCACCGGCCAGCAGGUGGCCAUUAAGAAGAUCCCUAACGCUUUUGACGUGGUGACCAAUGCCAAGCGGACCCUCAGGGAGCUGAAGAUCCUCAAACACUUCAAGCACGACAACAUCAUUGCCAUCAAGGACAUCCUGAGGCCCACUGUGCCCUAUGGCGAGUUCAGAUCUGUCUAUGUGGUUCUGGACCUGAUGGAGAGUGACCUGCACCAGAUCAUCCACUCCUCGCAGCCGUUGACGCUGGAGCACGUGCGCUACUUCCUGUACCAGCUGCUGCGGGGCCUCAAGUACAUGCACUCGGCUCAGGUCAUCCACCGUGACCUCAAGCCCUCCAACCUGCUGGUGAAUGAGAACUGCGAGCUCAAGAUCGGGGACUUUGGCAUGGCCCGAGGCUUGUGCACCUCACCCGCCGAGCACCAGUACUUCAUGACCGAGUACGUGGCCACACGCUGGUACCGUGCCCCCGAACUCAUGCUCUCGCUGCACGAGUACACGCAGGCUAUCGACCUGUGGUCUGUGGGCUGCAUUUUUGGGGAGAUGCUGGCCCGCCGCCAGCUCUUCCCAGGCAAAAACUAUGUGCACCAGCUGCAGCUGAUCAUGAUGGUGCUGGGUACCCCGUCGCCGGCCGUGAUUCAGGCCGUCGGGGCUGAGAGGGUGCGGGCCUACAUCCAGAGCCUGCCGCCACGCCAGCCUGUGCCCUGGGAGACGGUGUACCCAGGUGCCGACCGCCAGGCCCUCUCCCUGCUGGGGCGCAUGCUGCGUUUUGAGCCCAGUGCCCGCAUCUCAGCAGCUGCCGCCCUUCGCCACCCCUUCCUGGCCAAGUACCACGACCCCGAUGACGAGCCUGACUGCGCCCCGCCCUUUGACUUUGCCUUUGACCGCGAAGCCCUCACACGGGAACGCAUUAAGGAGGCCAUCGUGGCCGAGAUCGAAGACUUCCACGCACGGCGCGAGGGAAUCCGCCAGCAGAUCCGCUUCCAGCCUUCCCUACAGCCUGUGGCCAGUGAGCCCGGCUGCCCCGAUGUUGAGAUGCCCAGUCCCUGGGCUCCCAGUGGGGACUGUGCCAUGGAGUCCCCUCCGCCGGCCCCACUGCCAUGCCCCGGCCCUGCGCCCGACACCAUCGAUCUGACCCUGCAGCCGCAGCCGCCCCCGCCGGCCAGUGAACCAGCCCCUCCGAAGAGGGAGGGAGCCAUCUCAGACAACACCAAGGCUGCCCUCAAGGCCGCCCUGCUCAAGUCCUUGCGGAGCCGGCUCCGAGAUGGCCCCAGCGCCCCCCUGGAAGCCCCCGAGCCUCGGAAGCCGGUGACAGCCCAGGAGCGCCAGCGGGAGCGGGAGGAGAAGCGGCGGCGACGGCAGGAGCGGGCCAAGGAGCGGGAGAAGCGGCGGCAGGAGCGGGAGCGCAAGGAGCGGGGGGCCGGGGCCUCGGGGGGCCCCUCCGCCGACCCCCUGGCCGGGCUGGUGCUCAGCGACAACGACCGCAGCCUGCUGGAGCGCUGGACUCGCAUGGCCCGGCCCCCGGCCCCCGCGCCCACGCCCCCCCCAGCCCGGCCCCACAGCCCGCCCGCGGGCCCCCCGCCGCAGCCUGCCCAGCCGCCCGCUGGGCCUGCACCUGCUCCCCCCCACGCCGCUGCCUCCUCCGGCCUCCUGGCCGCCCGGUCGCUGGGGCCACCCCCUGGGCUGCCGGGCCCCGGCGCCCCGAGCGUUCUGCCUUACUUCCCCUCUGGCCCGCCCCCUCCAGACCCCGGGGGCGUCCCUCAGCCCUCCACCUCCGAAUCACCCGACGUCACCCUGGUGACCCAGCAGCUGUCCAAGUCGCAGGUGGAGGACCCCUUGCCCCCCGUGUUCUCCGGCACCCCAAAGGGCAGUGGAGCGGGCUAUGGCGUUGGCUUUGACCUGGAGGAAUUCCUAAACCAGUCUUUCGACAUGGGCGUGGCGGACGGGCCACAGGACGGCCAGGCCGACUCAGCCUCGCUCUCGGCCUCCCUGCUCGCCGACUGGCUCGAGGGCCACGGCAUAAACCCUGCCGACAUCGAGUCCCUGCAGCGUGAGAUCCAGAUGGACUCCCCCAUGCUGCUGGCUGACCUGCCUGACCUCCAGGAGCCCUGAGGCCCGCAGUCUGUGCCUUGCUGCCAGGGGCAGACCCAGCUCCAAGAUCCGCAUGACCGUUCCCGAGCGCUGGAGCCCCAGGCCUGACAGGGGAAGCUCAGCUGGGAGUAUUCUGCAGGUUCAUCUCAGACCCACCCUGCGGCCUUCAGGGGCCACCUGAGCCAGCACGAGCCACGGCAGGAGGGGCAACCCCUACCCUCCCAGCAAUACUUUUCAGUAUUGUAUUUUUAUUAUUAUUAUUACAUUAUUAUUACUACACAAUUUUUUUUGCCAUCGAAACGAAGCUUGUGAAAUAUAAGGUUCCCUUUA